AUGACGGAGGCAGCAGGGCUGGUGCCCAAGCGCAUCCUGGUGACGGGUGGCACCGGCUUGGUGGGGAGAGCCAUCGAGAAGGUGGUGGCUGAUGGAGAGGGACGGCCGGACGAGGAGUGGAUCUUCGUGUCCUCCAGAGAUGCCGACUUGACGUGAGUUGACUGCGUGGGUUUUCGCUUGGAACCGCAGAGACCCCUGUUUGAGCAGCACAAGCCCACCCAUGUCAUCCACCUGGCCGCCAUGGUCGGGGGCCUCUUCAAAAACAUUCGCUACAACCUGGAUUUUUGGAGGAGAAACAUCCAUAUCAACGACAACGUCCUGCACUCAGCAUACGAGACGGGGGUGCAGAAGGUGGUCUCCUGCCUCUCCACCUGCAUAUUCCCAGACAAG